AUGAAAAAUCUUAUUUAAACUAUAUGUUUCUUUUUAUUACAGACUGCAUUAGCCUAAUUGAUGAUGCAUAAAUACAAUCAGCUGGAAAUCAAAGGAAUAGAGUUUGAUUGGAGCGCAAGAACCAUGCCUAUAGGAGAUUAAUAACUCUUAAUUGCUUAGAAUAUUAGAGGGUAUGAUUAGUUAUUCUAAAUCCAAUUAAUGAUUAUAGACAUUGGGAAAAACGAUGUUGUAAAACAAAUAACUAUAGGAGGAGUUGACGAGAGCAACUAUUGCCCGGAUAUACUCAUAAUGAAUGAUUCAAUCUUUAUUGCAUUUGUUAGUGAGAAAGGAAGUAUUUUAAAUGUGUUGGUGAAGAAGUUUAACUUAUUUCUUGAAGAUUCUCGUAUAGAAUUAAAUUUAGGAACUACGAUUCAAGAAGUAAAAAUUAUAUAAAAAAUGCAAUUCAUUUGUCUGUUUCAGUUAAAUAAAAAUUUAUUAACAGUUUUAUGGUAUGCAUAAGGAAAAGAAUAUCCUACUAAAUAAUGGAAUAUGAUAUUGUAUAAUCCAACUACAGGAGUUAAAGGUGAAAUAUUGAUUUUGCCUGAUAGUGAAUUUGUGUCAGUUACAUAAAAUAAUUUAGGAAUUAUUGCAAUAGCCUAAUCCAAUAAUAACAACAUAAUAUUAUCUAAAUUAUUCGAAGGAAAAUUAACCACAAGAUCAAUCUCUUCAGAUAUCUAUUAUUUUCAUCAACAGAGAGUAACAAUCAGAAGUUUAUCCACAAAUGAAUUUGUUGUUGUUAGAUGGACAAAUUAUAUAGACAUCAUUCUUAGGAGGUUUGAUAGAGAUUUUGAAGCAUCUCAAAGUCCAUUUAGAAUUUUAGCAAAAGAAUUUUGUACAAUUGAUAGAAUUCAAUAGAUUGAUAUCAGCCUCACAGAUUCUCAAUUAAUUUUAGUAAAUAAAUGCUAAGAAGAGAUAAAAAUAUAAUAAAUUGACUUAUUGAAUUUUCACUAUAAUCAAUACAAUUCAGAAUAAUAUAGAUAAAUUGAUGUUGAUAAUAAAUAAAACUUAUAUUCCAUUUAAAUUAAUUAUAUUAAUCAUAAUAGAUUAUUACUUAGAUGGUUUACACAAUAAUUUAACUAUUAUACCUUAAGUGUUCAACUAAUAGAUUUGAACCUAAAAAUAAAUGAAUGCAUUUUGAAUUGUGAUAAUUGUGAUAACUUAUUUAAGUGUCAAGAAUGUAAUAAAAAUUACUAAUUGGAUACAAUUAAAAAUCAUUGCAAUCCAAUCUGUCCUGAUAAUUGUUUAUAUUGCUCCGAUGCUACUUACUGUGAUAGAUGUAAGUUGGGAUAUUAGUAUACAAAAGAAAAUUUAUGUGUAAGUCCAACAAAUGAUUUUAAGGAAUUGAAAGUGAGCAGAGAAACAGAGAGUAAAGGCAAAGGGAAAAUAAUCAAUAAAGAUCUUUUUAUUAUUGUUAUAUAUAGUGUUUAUUAAAGCGAUAAAUAAUAAUAUUUGGUCAUUAGAAAACUUGACAAUCAAGGACAACUAUUAAAGAAGGUGGAACUUUAAUAAGAUCUAUAAGCAUUGGUUGAUUAUGAUAUUGCUGAUUCUUUUGAUGAUGAUGUCUUUUUCAUAUUCAUUAAGUGG